AUGGUUUAUGUAAUUGCUGGGCGGGCUGUUAAAUCCGAGCAUAUUGCAAUCGGGACAAUCCUGAUUAUAUGCGGCCAUGCCAUCUACCGCGCCAAUAAACGAGCAGCUCUUCUCCGGGCUGGUGAUCCGCCAAUUCACGCCAGAAAUCCUCAUGAAGAGGCGUUUAUUCGAGACAAACUUGAGGCAUUCAAACGCGAAUUAAGCCGUUCUCCAUAA